UAAUUAUAUAUACGUGGUUUUCCAAUAUUGCAGUCCAAAAAUUCCAAGUUUUUCUCUAAUGAAGGCAACUCUCAAAUAUUUGGCUGGCAUUGCUGGCCCAAGUGGUUAUGGUUCUAAAACAACUGCUGAACAGGCCACUAGAGAUUUCUCUAAUUACUCUAAUUCUCAACUCACUGCAAUUAUCACCGGCGCAACAUCAGGGAUUGGGGCAGAAACAGCAAGAGUACUAGCAAAAAGGGGUGUAAGAAUAGUUAUACCAGCAAGAGACUUAAAAAAAGCAGAAAUUGUGAAGGAAUUUAUAAAAAAAGAGACUCCCAUGGCACAAAUUAUAUUAUUAGAGAUUGAUUUAAGUUCUUUUGCUUCUAUUCAAAGAUUUUGUGCUGAGUUCUUGUCAUUACAACUCCCUCUUCACAUUCUCAUAAAUAAUGCAGGGAAAUUUUCACAGAAAUUGGAGUUUUCUGAAGACAAAAUUGAGAUGACUUUUGCUACAAACUACUUAGGUCAUUUUCUAUUGACAGAGUUGUUAUUAGAGAAAAUGGUGGAGACAGCAGAAGUCACUGGGAUUCAAGGAAGAAUAGUGAAUGUUACUUCAGUAGUUCAUAAUUGGGUUAAAAAAGAUCAACUCCGCUUCUCUAAAUUGCUCAAUCCUAAGAAAUAUUAUAAUGGUACUCGUGCAUAUGCUCAGUCAAAAUUAGCCAACAUUUUACAUGCCAAGGAAUUGUCAAGACAGCUAAAGGCAAGAAAUGCAAAUGUAACUAUCAAUGCAGUCCAUCCUGGAAUUGUAAAAACUGGAAUUAUUAGAGAUCACAAAGGCUUUAUCACUGAUUCUCUCUAUUUUAUGGCAUCAAAGCUUCUAAAGUCAACAUCACAGGGUGCAGCAACCACAUGUUAUGUAGCAUUGAGCCCACAAACAGAAGGGAUGAGUGGGAAGUACUUUGCAGACUGUAAUGAAAGUCACUCUUCUGUUUUAGCAAAUGAUGAAACUGAAGCUCAUAAACUUUGGAAGGGUACUCGUGUUCUCAUCCAUAGAAGAUUUCUUCCGCAUGUAAAUUGAUUUUUAAAAAAAAAUGUUUUGGGAAGAAGGGAGAAUGUACAUAUAAAUAAAUAGACAAUUUUUGCUGUAUAUCCAAAAUAUGAUGAUAGAAGAAAAUAUGAUACAAGUAGUAGUCCCUCCAAUUGUUAGCUAACUGAUGGAGUACAAAUGUUAGUGGAAUAAUGAAGAUUCUUCUUUUAGUGGCCCAUUACUCUAUAUGGGCUACGACACA